AUGCCACCAACCAAAAACAAGUCAACAAAAACUAGCUUGGCAAAGAAAUGGAUCCGAAUGGAGGAGACCGAAUUGCAACAAGCUAUAGUCGACGACUGCUUGCCACGCUACCCUGAGAAUGAGCCCCCUAAGCCGGUCCAAGUUGAUGCGGUGGCAAAUCUAGUUAAAGGAAGACAUACUUUUGUUAUGGCCGGAACCGGUUGCGGGAAAUCUCGUAUCUCAGAGAUGUACUACAAUCUAUUCGCCAAAACAAAAAAGGCCGUCAUCCUCGUUUUGAAUCCGCUCAAUGCCUUGGGAGAUAAUCAAGUCAAAGAGAAGGUUGCCCAGAAGUACACAGCUGUCAACCUGAAAAAUCAAAACUUCACUCCAGAAGUUGCCGCCGAUAUACAGAAAGGGACAUACAAUUUCGUCUACCUAAGUCCUGAGGUCUUCUUGAACAAUCAAACAUUCUCCGAAAUCUAUCACAACCCAACCUUCCAAGAUCGCCUUGCGUUGAUUGUUGUCGACGAAGCACACAUGCUGUACAGCUGGGGUCUUGUUGCAAACAAGGAAGCAAAAAAGUCGUCUGCACACAAGCAACAUCAAGAUCGAGCCGUAUUUCGGCCGUCAUACGGGGACCUGGGCCGUCAGAUGAUGGCUACGGAGAAUACUAGAGCUGGUCGCUACGCAUCCGGAUAUCCGCGCGGAUGCGGAUAUCCGGCUGCUUUUUCAGGCCAAAUGGCCAUCCGAAUCCGCAUCCGCACCCGCUAG